AUGACCUACGGAUCGCUGUUCCGCUUGCCGGCAGUCUCACUUCGACCCAGCUUACAACACCUGGCAGCAUCGUCUUCUUGUCGAUCUAGGCUACGAUACGCCAGUACAACAUCGCGGGGAGCGGAAAGGAUAGACAGCAGAAAGGCCUAUUCCCACACUCUACUUCUUCCCAAAACAGAUUUCCCGCUCAAACACAAAGAUGUGGUAGAAGCAGAGAAGAAGUAUCGGUUGAAGACUUCAGAUCUACUUUAUCAAGCGCAGAUAAAUAGGAAGGACAAUCCACUCUUUGUUCUCCAUGAUGGUCCACCGUACGCCAAUGGGAAUCUGCAUAUGGGUCAUGCAUUGAAUAAAGUUUUGAAAGAUAUCAUUAAUCGUUAUAAUUUGAUAAGGGGAAAGCGUGUCCAUUAUGUGCCGGGAUGGGAUUGUCAUGGUCUACCCAUCGAGCACAAAGCUUUAGCAGCGAUUGGAAAAUCACACACUGCACUGAACCCCACGCAAGUCCGUGCCGAAGCUCGGAAAGUAGCUUUGGAUGCGAUAGACGUGCAGAAGAGCGAGAUGAAGGCGUUGGGUGUGAUGGCGGAUUGGGACGGAGAAAAUGGGACAUAUAGAACACUAGCUGAAACUGUUCAAGACUAUGGUCGAAAGAGACUACGACCCACCUAUUACUCCCCUUCUUCCCGAACUGCGCUAGCAGAAGCCGAGCUCAGCUACAAAGAUGGGCAUCAGUCACGAUCGGUAUAUGUCGGAUUUCCUGUAGCAGAGGAGGACAUGUCCGAGGGCCUUGCCGAGGUGUAUAGUAGGGAAUGUGGAGGGAAGGGUAAAUUAGAACUUGCUAUUUGGACAACAACGCCCUGGACCUUACCUGCCAAUAUGUCGAGCACAGACAGGAUACUGGUCAUUGGGGUUGAUAGAUUAGAGCCGAUGGAAGAGAUUCUAGGUCGAUUAGAUAUUAUCGGCCGGCUGCCUGGUGAGUGUAGUAAUGUCGACAUGAAGCUGAUAUUGACAGGGUCCCAACUCGUCGGCACUCGAUACACCCAUCUAUUCCAUCCUCCUUCUCUAUCUCAGCCGAGACCUUUAAUCUUCGCAGCCGGACAUGUCACAUCGCAAGCUGGUACAGGCUUAGUCCACUCGGCGCCUGCUCACGGUCACGAAGACUACGAAGCCUUCAUCGCAGUGGGGAUGUUGCCGGAAGAGUUACGUUGCCCCGUUGACGACGAUGGUCGUUUUACCAGUGAUCUUGAAAGUUGGGUGGAAGGGGACAUUGCUUACUCUUUGGUAGGAAAAGAGGUCUUAGGGAAGGGAACGGAUGCCAUGGUGGACUUGUUGAGCCGAAGCGAUGUGCUUCUUGCUGAGCAGAAGAUUGAACAUCGUUAUCCUUACGAUUGGAAAUCCAAGAAACCCAUCAUAGUUCGAGCGACUCCUCAAUGGUUCGCUGAUGUGGAGGGUGUCAAAAGUUCUGCCGUUGAAGCGAUGGACAGGGUACACUUCCACCCUGCUAUAUAUGGACCUAUCAUGGAUAGCACAACGCUUGAACAUAUCAUAGGAGUACUAGACAAGAAAGGUGUGGAUCAUUGGUGGGAAGGGAAAGAUGAGGACUUUGUACCACCACAUCUACAAGGUCAGAAUAUCACUAGAAGUUUUGACACGUUAGAUGUUUGGUUUGACAGUGGUUCAUCAUGGACUCUUCUGGAAGGGUUGUCCCGCCAACCUCCGGCUGAUGUCUAUCUGGAAGGAUCGGAUCAGCAUAGAGGAUGGUUCCAGUCGUCAAUGUUGACUAAACUUAUAUCAUCAACCGAGAAGAUCCCACCGUAUGGAACGGUGAUCACCCAUGGAUUCGUGAUGGAUGAACAGGGAGACAAAAUGAGUAAAUCAGCUGGCAAUGGUCUGUCGCCUAUGGAGAUUAUACAUGGGAAGAAGAUUGAACGUUACAUUCUUCACGAAUUGAGUCACCUUGAAAGCGUAGCUCAAGAAGCAUAUGAUUCUCACAUAUUCAAUAGAGUCUUACAUUCGACAACCACAUUCGCAACCUCCACUCUAUCUGCGUUCUAUUUCGACAUCAUCAAAGAUACCAUGUACUGCGAUUCACUCGAAAGCCCAACCAGAAGGGCCAUCGUGGCUGUUCUGUAUCAUCUCUCUUGGUUGAACCCGACGGUGAAAUCUGAGAUGAGUCAGAUUAUAUCACUUCGUGCGGAAGUGCAGAGACUGGUGGAGAACGCUCGAGCCGAAAAGCGUAUCAAAGUUGGGAAUCAGACGGAAGUCUAUCUGAGUAAAGUUUUAGGUUCUGAAAACAGUGGCACCCUUUCGGCACUGCUUGGUGUAUCUUCCGUUGGGUCAUCGUCAUCUGCGGAUCAGAACACAAUGGAAUGGACAUAUGAGUCAUCAUUGGUCAUAGAGAACGAGCCGAUUUCGGUACUCCUCGGUCCCGCUACACGGUUCCAGUGUCCUCGUUGCUGGCUUUACAAUGCCGAAAGAGAAAAUUCUCUAUGUUCUCGGUGCGAAGAGGUGAUCAACGUCACGUGA